UAGAAAGAGUCAAAGAGACAAGAGAAGAGUAAUGAUGCAUCAACCUCAAUGUGUAGUUGCUCUCCAUACUCCAUCACUCUCACUCUCACUCUCCAAACUCAGAACAACAACACCACAUUCACAUUCACAUUCACAUUCAAAUUCGAUCACCAUGUUGCACGCGCCGCCGACACAUCCCAAGUGGUCUCUCCAAGGAAUGACAGCCCUUGUCACCGGUGGAACCCGCGGAAUCGGGCACGCCAUUGUGGAGGAACUGGUUGGGUUUGGAGCAAGAGUGCACACGUGUGCAAGGAACGAAGCUGAGCUCACCAAGUCUCUCAUCCAAUGGAAUGAUUCUGGUUUUGAUGUUACUGGCUCUGUUUGCGAUGUCUCCGUCCCUCAUCAGAGGGAGAAGCUGAUGGACUCUGUGUGUUCUCAAUUCCAAGGGAAACUCAACAUCCUUAUAAACAAUGUAGGGACAAACAUUAGGAAACCAAUGACAGAACUCACUACUGCAGAGAUUUCCAGACUCAUGGAUACCAAUUUAGGGUCCACCUUUCAUAUAUGCCAACUUGCAUAUCCACUUCUGAAAGCAUCUGGAAUUGCAAGUGUUGUGUUUGUCUCGUCGGUUUCUGGUUUCGUCUCCCUGAAGUCCAUGUCGGUUCAAGGAGCAACAAAAGGAGCAAUUAAUCAACUUACAAGGAAUCUAGCUUGUGAGUGGGCAAAGGACAAUAUAAGGAGUAAUGCAGUUGCACCCUGGUACAUCAAAACCUCGAUGGUUGAAAAAGUGCUGAGCAACAAGGAGUAUGUGGAAGAGGUGUACUCGAGAACCCCACUUGGGCGACUAGGAAAUCCAGCAGAAGUGUCUUCUGUUGUUGCUUUUCUGUGCUUACCAGCAUCAUCAUACAUCACUGGCCAGAUUAUUUGUGUUGAUGGAGGGAUGACCGUAAAUGGAUUCUACCCAACUCAUACAUAGGAAUGUGUCUUCUCUACCAUUCAUGGAU